CAUCGAUUGUGUGAUCAAAAAGUUGUCAUCAAUUCAUUGAAUUGAGUCCAAAAAUAAUGUGAUUUGUAUUUACUGUUCAUAACAAUCAACACAAACACACUUUUCAUACAACCCUUUGGCACUUAAUUAUGUAUUAAAGCCUCAAAACACACCAAUUUGUGGAUCAGUUGCCCACAAAUCCCAUUCAUCUCAUCGACAGAUCAAUUAGUGACCACCGAUUGUCUCCAAUGAGUGUGUCAGUGAUGGCCACCGGUUAUACCUGUAUCAGACACUUCCUCUGCUUCAUUAACCUCUUGUUUUGGUUAUUGGGGAGUUGUGUGUUAGGAGUGGGCGUAUGGCUCACCAUAUCGUACGAGACUUACGCCCGAAUCCUUCCCUCGUAUCACAUCCUCUCUGCGGACAACUUAUCCAUAAUAGCCUUGCCCACAAAUCCCAUUCAUCUCAUCGACGGAUCAAUUAGUGACCACCGAUUGUCUCCAAUGAGUGUGUCAGUGAUGGCCACCGGGUAUACAUGUAUCAGACACUUCCUCUGCUUCAUUAACCUCUUGUUUUGGUUAUUGGGGAGUUGUGUGUUAGGAGUGGGCGUAUGGCUCACCAUAUCGUACGAGACUUACGCCCGAAUCCUUCCCUCGUAUCACAUCCUCUCUGCGGACAACUUAUCCAUAUUUGUCGGUUGUCUCACAUUCUUCGUGGCCUUCUGUGGCUGUUGUGGCGCUUGGUUUCAGAACAAGUGUCUUCUCACCACUUAUUUGGUCUCAAUUGUCAUUUUGAUGAUUCUGGAGAUCACUGUCGGAACACUUAGUUUCGCGUUUCGCCGCCAAUUGACACACACUUUGCGCGAAGAACUUCUGGACGGCAUUCGCGAUCGGUAUCUGUUGGACGACUCGAAUGGCAUCCGUACCACUUGGGAUCAAAUUCAGAUCAACUUCAACUGCUGUGGCGUUAAUAACUAUACGGAUUGGCACUCAAUCAGCGCCUGGCCUGACAGCCAAUGGGUCCCCAAUUCGUGUUGCAUUCCAGCCCUUCCUUCCAAUGACACGAGCGGUGAGAUCGACGAGAGUGUCGACGAAGAGUGCGGACGACAUCCCGAGACUGAUUCCAAUCGAUAUCGACAGCACGGAUGCUAUUAUAAGAUCCGGCACUUUGUGCUCAAUAACCUCCACGUCGUGGGCCUGACAUCAAUCGCUGUGGCGUUCGUCCAGUUCUUCGCUAUCGUCGCCGCACUUCUCAUCGUCUGUACGAUGGACUACAAGAAGCGGAACCGUUCGGUGUUCAGCCAUAACAGUCGUCCUACUUAUAAUCGAGUGCCCACUCUAUGAUCAACUUCGAGAGUCGAUUCCAUCCAUUAUCUCUAUAUUAUACUUAAUUUAACACUUUAUCUCUUCAGCUGAUUAUUGUUUAGCGAAUCUCUGGACAGCUUUUUUAAGUACAAAAUACUUAUAACAAACACAACUUAAUCUAUAAGUGCCUCAAAAUACAUGAAUUUAUUAAUUGUUCGGUACUUAUAACCGGUGGAAGGC